CUCGUUACUUACCUAGGUAGAGACAAACAUAAACAAUACAAAAUUGAACUGAAGUUCUUGGGUUAAAAUUCGGUUUAUGAGAAGCUUUAUUUAUUUUAGAUACAGGUUUUGAGGAGUUGCUUCUUGUAAGGUUUUACUGGGUUUUCUAACAGGAUAAGACAGAAAGUUACGAACCGUUGUUUUAAAACAUCAAUCCCAAAUUGUUCGUGAUGAAGCCCGUAGAACCAUCGUCAAAACGAAGAUGGAGUAGGCAUCGUAAAGAAAUGUGUAUUGUUUCCAAAAGACUGGAGACAUUCAAGAAAAUCUCAUGGUCACUUAGUUCGCCUAGUCCAGAACAACUUUCUGCCGUUGGGUUUUACUACAAUCCUAUUCAAAAGCCCCAACAGAGGAUCGAUAAUGUAACAUGUUUCAUGUGUUCGAAGUCGUUUUACGACUGGGAAGAAAACGAUGACCCGUUAAAGGAGCAUAUAACACAUAGUCCUAGUUGUCCUUGGGCUUACGUUUUAUCAGCUCGUAAUAAUCCACACCAGGAUCCAAAGGCUCCUUCAUUAACAAAAUGUAGAGAAUUGACGUUUGUUGACAAAGUAUGGCCAUAUAUCAAUCGUUCCGACUUCCAUUGCCAGCCAAAUACGAUGGCGACUGCUGGCUUUGUAUUUACCCCUAGUAUAGACUCGAAGGAUGCGGCACAUUGCCUAUACUGUAAUAUUGACCUUCACGAUUGGGAAUCGGAUGAUGACCCAUACAAAGAACAUCAGCGCCGUCGUCCAAAUUGUCUAUUUUUUACGUGGAAAGAUCCUACUGCUUUAUCUCCGACCAAGUAUUCACUGCUUUCUUCGUCGAAUGUUGAUUUUGAAGAUGUCUCUUUAUCUGAACUCGUUUCCAAUUCAUCGGAAAAGAAUCUUACAAAGCCAACAAAUGAGCCGAAACCUACUCCUCGGAGGAGGAUAUCUUCUUUAAGUCAAUCUCACCCCUUUUCUUUGUAUUCAAAUACUAAAAAUGAUUCCUCUCUCGUGCAACCCGAACAUCAGGGUUCAUCACCAUCAAAACCUUUCACAAUGAAUUCUCCUAAAAAGAGAGGGAAACAAUUAAGUAAAAAAACAAAGGAAGCAGUUUUUAAGCCGGCUAGGCCUAUUUUCUCAGACGAAGAUGAAGAUGAUCAGCCCAAUUUAAAGUCGAGUCCUCCCAAACAUCCCUCAAACACUAGUAAAAAACCCAGUUCAGAACAGGAUUAUUCAUCUUACAUGAAUGGCUCCCAUAUUCCUAUCAAUACACCCUUACCUCCUUCAACUCCUCCUUCUCCUAAUAGAACCGACGAAAGUUAUCAUUCUGUUCAUUCUCCUAUGACUAGUACUUUACCACCUAUUCAAGAAGAUGUCGGAGAAUUAAAUAGCAAAGAGAACUCUGUGAAUUUUUCCACUAAUGCCGAGCAUACGAAUGCCCCUUCAACGAGCCCUUCUACCAUUCCUACUGAACCGAUCGCUAAUUCUAACUCCCUGGACGCAAACCUUCAAAUAUCAAAAAAGAGAAAAUCGUCAGAGGUAGGCGCUCCUAAUCAACAACAGACAGAUAUUGGAUUGGAAUCAACUAUUCCAACCGCUAAAAGACAGUCUUCUGAAUACCCUACAGCUUCUGAAACGAAAGUCCAGUCCUCUUCUAGUGAGUCUGAAUUAGAAGCCUUUUCGGCGGAGACAAGUAUAUUUGAAGAUUUUCCUCAAAAUCAAUCAAAUGAUCUACAUGGUUCUUCCUACAUGACUAAUGACGAUGAACCUUUGGCCAGAUUACUCGAAUCUACUAAGCACACGCUAGAGAAAGAAGAUGAUUCACCAACAAAAUAUGAAAAAAAGAGCGAAAAGGCUCCUGUUUCGCCUUUAAAAGAUAAUUCAUCAUCCCCCAGUCUUGAGGCUGUACAUACUCCAACCUCGGAUUUUGGUGGAGAUUCUGUUACUGAAUCAGAAACUUUGACGGCCUCCUCAAUCACUCCUACAAGAGAACUAACUUCAAAAGAUAAUGGCAGUGAACUACUGAAUACGAAUUUAUUUACAAACUCAUCUCCCGAGCAAAAUAUCCGUGAACAAAGCUCCAACGAAAUAAAAACCAAAAAUGAUAAAGGAGAUUACCAUGAUUCGAAACCACUUCAGACUCUAACAAAUAUUGAGAGAACCGCGUUAAAGCGACCAUCUAGUUUUUCAAAAAAUUCAUCACCAAACGAAGGUAGAGCUUUAUUAGAUUCUGAGGCCGACGCUUUUCGUAAUUCUAGAGAUAAUAAAGAAGAAUUGAUUCCUAAACGAAAUGCUUCAACGGAUAUAAGUACGAAUUCAGCAACCUCCGGGGAAGUAUUCCACGAUUCUGAACGAGCCUUUUCUGAAGCGGAAGAACAUUCUGAGAAAGAAUCGAGAGUAUCGAGGGCUUCCCAGAGUAAAAUUGAAUCACCAAACCCCGAUGUUUAUAUUGAUAGACAAACAAGUCUGAAUAUUGAAGAUGGCAAAUCUAUAGGCUAUAAAAAUAUAGAGGAUUCUUUAGAAAAAGGUCAUAUCCUGUCAAGCACCUCCCCUGAAAAGGUGGUUAAAUACGGAUACAAGCAUUCUUUGCAUAGUACUCCGAAAGAUUACAAAGAGUUGGAUGAACUUCCUGAAUUUUCUGCGUCUCCGUCAAAGUUUGUGCAUGAUACGUCAAAAAGUCCGUUCGAUCCUCUUUCUCAAUCUUCAUUUCUGGCUCCGUCUACACCUAUGAAGACUAAAUGUGCUGCUCCGCCGUCUAUUCAACCUUCGCUGCCUCCAUGGGAACCAGUUGACUUCUCCAGUCUUUUAAAAACGCCUGCAAACAAAUAUACGGAAUCAGAGAAUCUCACGGAGCAAGAAUUAGAUAUGACAGUAGAGCAUUGGAUUAAAUAUCAGUACGCAAAGUGUGCUAAAACCUUUGAAGAAGAAUGCGAACGUCAAAUUGAAUGGCUUUUGAAAGAAGGAAAGCGAGCUGAAGAUUAUAUUCAAAGUCUUUAAUUAAAUUAUUCCCAAAUGUAUUGUACUUUGCAUUUUUUUGAAUUUGUUAUAUUUAUAGUUCAUGUCUAUUGCCGUUUGGUUAUUUGAAUAGUUUUACGAUCUUUAAUUUACAAAUAGAAACUCUCUUUUCUGCGUUUG